GCGGCGGACCACUCCGUUGCUAAACAGUUGCCCUUAACCUUGCAUGUUUGGAGGAAUAACUUCAGCAUCUCUCUCGUCUAGAUUUUUUAAAUUUGAUUGGAUUUUGAUUUUCAGAAGCAUCGCGCCAUGUCCCUCGCGGCGGAGGCCUUCGUGUCGCAGAUGGCAGCUGCUGAACCUUGGCCCGAAAAUGCCACCCUCUACCAGCCACUGAAGGAGGAUCAGAUUCUGCUGUCUGACUGUGCCUCGUCCCUGGCUGUUCAGACCUACCUAAGGAUGUGCGGUCUACCAGUGCAGGUGGCUUGCAGAGCUAAUGCUGAGUACAUGUCACCAUCCGGUAAGGUUCCUUUUGUCCAUGUAGGAAACCAGGUAGUGUCUGAGCUGGGGCCGAUAGUCCAGUUUACCAAGGCUAAGGGUCAUUCUCUUAGUGAUGGCCUAGAUGAUGUUCAGAGAGCUGAAAUGAAAGCUUACAUGGAGCUAGUCAACAAUAUGCUGCUUACCGCUGAGUUGUACAUCCAGUGGUGUGACGAUGCUACAGCCUCUGAGAUCUCUCGACCAAGAUACAGCAGUCCGUAUUCGUGGCCUCUGAACCACAUCCUGGCCUAUCAGAAGCAGUGGGAGGUUCGCAGGAAGAUGAACGCCAUAGGCUGGGGAGGAAAAACCCUGGAGCAGGUGUAUGAGGACGUGAGCCAGUGCUGCCAGGCUCUCUCUCAGAGGCUGGGGACUCAACUGUAUUUCUUCAACAAACAGCCCACAGAGCUGGAUGCACUGGUGUUCGGUCACCUCUUCACCAUCCUGACCACUAGACUGACCAGCACGGAGCUAGCAGAGAGGAUCAAGAGCUACAGCAACCUGCUGUCCUUCUGCAGACGCAUCGAACAGAGCUACUUUGAGGACAAGAGCUCCUGAGGAACUGACGCUCUCUCUCUCUCUCUCUCUCUAGUCCUCUCUGUCUCACUCUCUCUCUUUAUUCCUUCUCUCAUUCCCUCGCUGUAGUACUAGAAAGCUGAAAAAAAAAAAAAAAACGCUUAUUGCUUAUACUCACAGACCUAACAUCUUUAUUGCUUUUUUUUCCUCCCUGCCCCUUGCUUGCUGCCUCCUCUUUCUUGCUGUGCAUUGUGCUGUAAGUCCUGAUGAGCCAGCCAGACUGACCUCCACUUAAAAAAAAAAAAAAAAAAACUGGCAUAGGACCAGUCUUCUCCCAACUGAAAUGCAGUUAUUAGAAUAAAAAGCAGAACAAAAAUAAAUAAAUAAAUAAAAAGACAGGUUGCCAACUAGCUCCCUGGUGACCAUAUCACUUGGCAUAGCCGCCACUAAAGCACAGCUUGCCAGGGUUUAUGGGAAUUAUCAGCCAGGUUGGACUGCGCCUUUAACCAAUCAAAGCUUUGACUGUUUGGAUGAAUCAUGCCAUUGUAAACCUAAACGUGCCCAAGCAACAGCAAAUUGAAUUGACCCACGCUGUAAAGACGAUCGGGUAUAGGGUGUAUUUUCAAAUGGACACUUUGAAUGCUGAUGGUUUCCAACACCUGGCACCAACCGGGCCCUUUGCGAAUUUUUUGGAAGACCUAUAAAAACGAUGAUUAAAACGUAAUUGCUUAUUGAUCCCUGUAAAGAUGUCAAAGGUCAUGGUCACCCUUGAAUCUAGCAGUGAUUCAGUACCUGGCUCAAGCACCCUUGAGGCUAACUGACACCAUGUCUCCCACUUAGCUCCUCCGUCAUUAGUUAAAGUGUGGAAGUCAUAAUUCAUGGCGUUUUUCUUUCUUUCUUUGUCCCAGCUGUUAACUUAAACAUUCAUACAUCUCCUGGGUGUUUUGUACUCUGUCCUGCUGGAAUGCUCUCUUUAAACUGUGUCAGCUUGCAUUUACAAACACAGCCUGAGACUCGCCACAGAUCCGCCGAGCAGGACUGUGCAGCUGUGUGACACGCCUGCCAUCGACAAGUCCCCGAGCUCGGCUAGAACUGGGAUCCACAAUAAAAGCCCGCUAAUUUACACCCUGAAACCAUAGAAACCUGUAGGAAACGCUCCAGCACUUCUGCUAGGCACCAUCGGCAUCGCCUGAAACUGUAGAACUCGCUUUUAUUCUGUAUAAAAAAAAAAAAAAACAUGAAUAUAAUGAUGAAGAUGAUGUGACUUACUAUUAUUCCUUUGUUUUUCCACCAUUGUUUCCUUUUUGUGUGAAUGGAAGUGCCUACUUGAUAAAAGUCAUUAAAAUAUAAGUGACACACA